AUGCGCAAGUCCGAAGACGUCACCAACGAGGAGUAUGCCUCCUUCUACAAGUCGUUGUCCAACGACUGGGAGGACCACCUUGCGGUGAAGCACUUCAGCGUCGAGGGCCAGUUGGAAUUCCGUGCGCUGCUCUUCGUCCCCCGCCGGGCGCCCUUUGACCUCUUCGAGACCAAGAAGAAGCGCAACAACAUCAAGCUGUAUGUGCGUCGUGUCUUCAUCAUGGACGACUGCGAGGAGCUGAUGCCAGAGUGGCUGAACUUCGUGAAGGGCGUCGUGGACUCGGAGGACUUGCCUCUAAACAUCUCUCGUGAGACCCUGCAGCAGAACAAGAUCCUGCGAGUCAUCAAGAAGAAUCUUGUGAAGAAGUGCCUCGAGAUGUUUGCAGAGAUCGCCGAGAAGAAGGACGACUACAAGAAGUUCUACGAGCAGUUCGGCAAGUGCCUGAAGCUGGGCGUCCAUGAGGACUCCACGAACCGCACCAAGGUGGCCGAGCUCCUCCGCUACCACACCUCCAAGUCUGGAGACGAGCAGAUCAGCCUGAAGGAGUACGUCGACCGCAUGAAGGAGGGACAGAACGACAUCUUCUACAUCACAGGCGAGAGCAUCGCGGCCGUGUCUUCCUCUCCGUUCCUGGAGACCCUGCGAAAGAAGGGCAUUGAGGUGCUGUACAUGAUCGACCCCAUCGACGAGUACUCCGUGCAGCAGCUGAAGGAGUUCGAUGGCAAGAAGUUGAAAUCCACCACGAAGGAGGGUUUGGACAUUGAGGACGAGGACGAGAAGAAGAAGCUGGAGGAGAUGAAGGCCGAGUUUGAGCCUCUCACCAAGUUGAUGAAGGAAGUCCUCGGAGACAAGGUGGAGAAGGUCAUCGUUAGCUCUAGGAUGGCCGACUCCCCUUGCGUGCUGACCACUUCCGAGUACG